CGUGCGCGCUCCCGUGGGCACUGGUAUCUCGCGGGCUCGGCUGCAACGCGUCCUCAGCAUUUUUCGGGCCGAACCGGAGGCAAGCGGGCCAUUGUUUAACGCAAAGUUCUGUGGAGGUGACGUCACGAGUCCAGGAGCUGUAGACGAACUCCGCUAGCUCGCGCUGGUUUUGUUCCUCGAGUUCCGCCGGUUAACGGGACUGAGGACGCCGGUCCGAGCCUUGAUUCCGCUGAGUUCCGCCUCUGCAUGCGGUCCCCAACGGCUUAAGAAUCAGAAAGACCGGUUCGGCUCUGGUAGCUCAGACGGGAAGUUGUGUUGGUGUGCGCGAACUUUGAAAAGGUUUUGAGGGUCACCUGCGGACACCGGACUCUGUGAGGUUGAGGUCCAUCUUGGAGCAGAUCCUCAGCUCAGUGGAACAGCAGCAUUCUGAAGGAGGAGCUGCAGGAUAGGAGGUCCCUCCUGACCUUUGACCUGCAAACACCAGGACCAGCUUGGGUUGAAGAGCGGAUCUGUUUGGGAUUUUCUAAAAUUCUUGCUCCGAAGAUCGUUGAUGUUCUUCCUUCAGUAAAAACCCGGAGGUUUCCUAAGAAGAAAAACAAUUUCUGAACCUCUGGACUGGAUUGGGCUUUCUCUACACCUUCUCAUCUGGAGGAAAUGGAUCUGUCUCCAUGGAUACAAGAACAGAGGACAGGAAGUUGACAAUGGCAGGAAUUGAGGCUGACAGACGGAGGAGAGAGGAGAUGUCGUGGAAGAGGAACGGCGGCGGGAUGCAGCCUCGCCCCAUGACCUCCAUUGCCCCCAGCAAAGGGCUAAGCAAUGAGCCGGGCCAGAACAGCUGCUUCCUGAACAGCGCCCUGCAGGUCUUGUGGCACCUCGACAUCUUCCGCCGCAGUGUGCGCCAGCUGACGACUCACAGGUGUAUGGGGGACUCUUGCAUUUUCUGCGCUCUGAAGAGCAUCUUCACCCAGUUUCAGUACAGCAGUGAGAAGGUGCUGCCAUCUGACGCACUGCGCAGCGCUCUCGCUAAAACUUUCCAGGGCGAGCAGAGGUUUCAGCUCGGCAUCAUGGAUGACGCCGCCGAGUGCUUCGAGAACAUCCUGAUGAGGAUCCACUUCCACAUCGCCGACGAGAGCAGGGAAGACGUCUGCACAGCCUCACGCUGCAUUCCCCACCAGAAGUUCGCCAUGACGCUGUUUGAACAGUGUGUGUGCAGCAACUGUGGGGCGUCUUCAGACCCUCUGCCUUUUAUCCAAAUGGUGCACUACAUCUCCACCACCUCCUUGUGUAACCAGGCACUGAAGAUGUUGGAGUCACAGAAAAAGCCGACCCCCAGCAUGUUCGGGCAGCUCCUGCAGAACGCCAGCAUGGGGGACCUGCGCAGCUGUCCGAGCCGGUGUGGUCAGCAGCUGCGCAUGGCUCGGGUCCUCCUCAACAGCCCCGAGAUCGUCACCAUUGGCCUGGUGUGGGACUCGGAGAACUCGGACCUGGCGGAGGACGUCAUCCACGCACUGGGGACCUGCCUACGCCUUGGAGACCUUUUUUACAGGGUGACGGAGGAAAAGGCCCAGCGGGCGGAGCUCUACCUGGUGGGCAUGGUCUGCUACUACGGGAAGCAUUACUCCACCUUCUUCUUCCAGACCAAGAUCCGCAGAUGGAUGUACUUUGACGACGCUCACGUCAAAGAGAUUGGACCCAAGUGGAAAGACGUAGUGUUGCGCUGCAUCAAGGGCCACUACCAGCCCCUGCUGCUGCUGUACGCUGACCCCCGAGGGACACCGGUAUCUGUGCAGGACCUGCCUUCACACUUUGACUCACAGCAGGUGGACCGGUCCAGCAAUGACAGCGAGGACUCGGGACGCGAGCCUUCCAUCUCCAGUGACACUCGAACUGACUCAUCUACAGAGAGCUACUUCUGCCAACUUCCCCACCACAAGUCCUUGACCAGUCGCCUCUCAUCAGACUCGCAGGGAACUGUCAUCUGCACGGAGCAGGCUGGCGAGCCCUCCAACUCCUCCCACUGCAGCUUGGAUACUUUAGGCCACGGGUCAGACAGUGGGGACCAUCAAUCUCUAAGGAAAGGGGGCGAGUCCAGUAGGAGGGGGUCCGCGCUUCCCUUGAGGUCAAAACUUGACAAGGAAGCUGGUUACCACAGCGAGGGAGAGACCUUGAAGGAGCAGCAGGUCGCCCGCCCCCCACCCAAGCUGUCGUCGUCCUCCUCUUCAUCCAGUCGCCUGCAGGACUUGAAGGGAACCAUGAGGAACAUCAUCCAUAGCCGACAGCCCCCCUCCUACUCUCUGCCAGGGGCCGUGUUAUCUCCUGAAGCUGGCUCUUCCAGCCUCCCUCCUCCCCUAAAGGCCCCUCUGAGUGCCCCCUGCUCAGGUAAACUGCAGGAUUGGGAGGCCGACAGCACGAGUAGUGAGUCAAAGAGCAGCUCCUCUGGCGGAGGGGGUUGGCCGCGGCCAGCAUGGAGGCCACGGAGGGAGGUGCUCAACAUCGACAACAUCUUCACACGCGAGAGGCGCCGUCAGGCAGGGUACACCCCCCUCGACGGCGGGGAGCCGGCCUCUGAGGGAGCAGAUGUUUUUACAGCCCAGCAGGAGAUGCCUUCUGGCAGGUCAACCUCCACCCGGAAGCUGCCCACUACUCCCAGGGUGCUUGAUGGAGGAGAGAGGGGCACAGAUCCUCCUUCUCGCCUAAUACAGAGGAUGGAGAGCGGAUACGAGAGCAGCGAUAGGAACAGCAGCAGCCCUGUCAGCUUGGAUCUGAAUUUGGCAGACAGAGAGUAUGUUACAAAGAAGACUUCCUCCUCCUCUUCCUCUGGCCCUUCGUGGAGGAACAUCCGAUCGAAGAGCAGUGGAUCUUUGCAGCAGGACUUUGUGCCCCCUGCAGGCCGCAGCGAGCUGGACGAGCUGCAGGAGGAGGUGCUGCGGAGAGCCUUAGAACAGGAGCAGCAGCGGCAGCUGGAGAAAGAGAGAGAGGCGGCGCUCGGCUUCAACCCCAGACCCAGCAAAUUUCUGGACCUGGACCAGCUUCAGAUCCAGGGGAAAAACGACAGUCUAGAGCGCUGCAUUACAGAUGCUGAGCUUUUGUUGGAUCAGUCCCUACGUCUGGAGCAGGCGAGUGAAGUCGCCGCAGCUCUCUCAGCUGUCAACGAAGCCGUCUCUAAGCUGCAGCCUGCAAUGGCUGAGGGGGGAGCUAGUAGUCACAGCCGCUUGCAGCGUUGCAUGAGGCGAGCCCGCGGCCUGCAGCAGCGCCUGCAGCUGCAGAUGGAAGUAAAGGCAGGAGAGCAGCCUGCAGAGCAGCAAGAGGAGGAGCAGCAGCUCCAGGAACAGCCCAGUGAAAAGCCUAUCCCGCUCAGAGUUCUUCUGACUGACCACUCACCUGCCACUCAGGCUCAGCAGGCCCCGCCUCCUUCCACCUGCAUUGUUAAGCCCCUCCCUUCCCAGUCAAGCAUGGUGUCUGAUUCCACCCCCAGUGCUUCAGCAGCUGAAACUUCACCGGCGGAGACCAGGAAGCACAAACCCCACUGCCUCCGAUUAGGGAAACCCCUACACAUCUCCAGGUCCCUCCCCACUCUGUGUCUGGACCCCUCCACUGAGGACUUGGCCCCUCCUCCUUUAUCUGAAGAGGCAGAAUAUUCUCCCACAUUGACCGAAGCACUUCCUGAUUCCACUCCUGGGAAAGCUUCACUCCCUGAUGGCUCUCACAGUUCUCGGUCUUCAUCACCUGCUAGCACCACCCACAGGAGUCAUCUGUUCUACGAGGAGGGUCCACAUCAGAGUACACACCCAAAGAAAUCGACUACAACCUCAAGUCCCACUUCAGGAUUAGCUCCUCCCACUCACCCAGUCAGAAACUGGUCUUGUCUAAAACUUGACCAGUGUGAAGUUGAAGAUUUUCCAAAUCAUUCAUUUGGUUCAGAUGCUUUCUCUGGCUCAGCCCCCAUCACUCAGCCUGCCUCCUCACCCCCCAGCAGGUACUACAGAGCCCCCCUGCCUGUAGAGCGAUGGGCAGAGAAUGUCAAUAGGUACUACGGUUCCCAGAAUCCAGUGGGAGGAGGUGGAGAGGCAGCAGAGUGUGGUGAGGAGCUAUCAGAGUUGGAGAUGCUGUACCAGGCCAGUCUGCAGGCUCCCAGCAUGCACCGGGACUGCCGCCGCAUCAGUCCACAGCCAGGGAGCAGCAGACCUGGUGUGAGGAGUAUGCCCCCCAGCAAUGGACGGUCCAAAACCCCGACGGCUGAAAUAGAAAGAUUCGCUUACAGGAGCCAGGCCUCACCUGUGCAAAAGCCCCCUGCUGGUGAAGACCUGGGCUACAGCGCAGAGAAUCUGCGGCGCCUCGCCCGCAGUCUGAGUGGAUCCGUCUCCAGGCCUGGGCCGCAGAACCCCUCACAUUGCUAUACACCCUCCCUGCCCAGACCCCCCCUUACACACUCAAACUCCUCCUUCCUACCCCGUCAGCCCCACCCCUCCUCCCGGCACCUUCCAUCCUCCCACUCCUUCACAGCAGAUCACCUGCCUCACUCCCUCCAACACCACGGCACCCAAGCACCUGCACUCCCCCCACAGCACCCCCAGCCAUUGACAUCACGGCCCCCUUUCUCUCAGGAACUCUCAGGUCGCUUCCAGCAGGUUUUGGUUUUGCCUGACCGAUAUCAGGCCCUUCCAACUCAAAACCUUCACGCUGUUCCGAUGAAUUACGGGACCCUUCCUCGGGCUCCUCAUCGCUACACCCUACAGUCUUCUACCUCCUCCCUCCCUAGAACCAGAUCUGCUGUCCCCCCAGCACCACAGAGUGUCUACGCCACCCUGGCCCGCCCCCGUCGACCUAACACCUUCUCCUCCAACAGUCUUCAGCGCCAGUCAUCACUUCCUGGUUCUGUUUGUGGAGAUUCUGGCUCCACCCCCAGCAGUGUGAGACUGUCAGCUAAUGGCCCCGCCCAGCCGCGCCGCCUUGACGUCCCCCCCGAGAGUGACUGGCGUCAGCACCAGCCUUACCAAAGAAUCCCCAGAGGCCCCCCCAAAGCCCCCCAGCUUUGCACACUUUGCCGCUCACUUCCUGCGGAGGCUCCACACCCCCACUGCCCACCCUGCGGCGCAUAUUUGGCACGUUUGCAUUUCACGAGAAGGUAAAGAGUGCAAAUGACAUUACCCUCAGGCCCCGCCCUCUCAUAGCUGUCCUGCUGACCUGCAGGCUGCUCUGGCCCAGUUUAUGACAUCUGUGGUCUGUUUAGAGCACAAGCAUUUCAUUGGUCAGUGAUGUAAUAAAGCUGUGUUAACAGUUCUAUAUUUCCUAGAAAUAUUUAUCGUUUUUAUGGCUGAAGCAAACCAGCUUCUCUGGUUCCUCAGUUCCACAGUAAAUGUGCCAAAAACAGAAGAAAAUAGCUGUGGUGCUGAACGUUAAAGGGCAUAUUCCAGAUGGUGGAAACCUGAAAGGUUAUUUGACCUGGACUCCUCUCUGGCUCAGAAACUUCAGAGCUCUUUGGCUGAAAGAAGUGUUCACUGCCCUUGGAAGAAUGGUUGGCGUUACCUGAUUGAGAAGUGUUCGAGCCCCGUACAGCAACUGCUUUCACUGACCGCAGACUUUUGACCGCCCUGGAUUUUCAGGCUCCCUGCUCCUUUUUUACCCUAGUUUCUCCAAGAACCUCCACUUUCAUUAUGUCAUAAUCGGCAGAAACACCUCCGCUCUUUCUCAUUACACUGUGUCAAAAGGUUGACGUAGCGCUCCGCCCUAUCUGGUUUUCGGGAGGAAAUGGUGCAGCAAAGACUGAAAAUGUUUCUGAUCAUUUCUCAUUUAGCUUCUUCAGGUUUCUUUAAAGUUUAGGGUUAUUUCCGAUGCUUAUUUUUCUACAUUGUAGAUUAAAGGUUAAUAAACAGUUUCCCAUGUUUUUACUGGA